GUUCAGUUGAGUAAGAGGAAGUAGUCACAGAGUUUCAUCUUCUCUUGUUUCAUUUAAGCCUUUUUUUCCCCCACUGUGAAUCCUUCUAGUGCAGCUAUUGAACAAGGUAAGAUCUCAGAUUUCUCCUAAACAUCUUAUUUUCAUUCAGUGAUCAUCAGAUUUCAGCUACAAGAUAUAAAAAAGGCUCCUUGGAUACCAGACGCGUCAAACAAGCCUGCUUUGUGUUUAUUAACCCAUUCAAGACCUGGGCACAUCCUUUGUCAUCAGUACAGUCCAACGAUGUCGCUGGUCCCCAAAGGGUUAAACAAUGCCAUUCAAUCUAAUGAUUUGUAGUUAAUUCUUGUUUUGUUCUGUUUUCUAUCUCAUCAGGGAGAAAUAUUUAGCAGUGUUUUGAACGAGGUUAACUUGUUGAGCUGAAGCCUGUGGUUUGUUAUAAGAAAAUUCAUAUUUUGACAUUUUAUGUUGACUGUAUUGGGGAGGUAGUGACUUGAUGGUAUCAGUUAGGAUGGUGUGUUUGUAGAAAACCCAUGCAAAUUGGCAAAAUUAAAACAUGGUACCCUUGUGAAGUUGUUUUAGAUAGGUGUGUUUUUUUUUGUUUUUUUUUAAAGGGUUAUUCUUUAAACACUGAAUUUUAGCAAAGUAAAUUAAAGUGGCAAAUAUAGUCUGUGUCUGGAGCUGACUUUGAGAAUUUAGAGUUUAGUUUCUAACUCUGCAAAUCACCUUAGCUGGGUGGCAAGUUCGUGAGAGAUUGUAGGUUUGGAGCACUUCGAUCUGUCCAUUUACAUUACAAUGGGAUGUAUUCACUAUACCCUGAAUUGUAACAAAUUAAAAUAUGAAUAGCAGAUUACCAGACCUUCAUAAAAGGCAGUUCCAACAUUCUUCCAGAUCAGCAGCUUUUACCUAAAUGAUGUCAUUCUGAGUUAAAACAGCUGCAUUUAAUGCACAUUCCAAAGUUUACAGUGCCUCUCCCUAGCCCUGCCUUAUAAACAUAAGGGUUUCUAGGAAUUGUAGUUUAUUUGUCUGCUUUCUACUGGAGGUGGUGUAUUUAUUUUUUAGCACAAGGUGAAGCACUAAAUGUUUGCAGGGAGGAGCAGAAAGCCUGGGGUUAUGACAAAAAUAAUUGUAAUUUUUUAAAAAGUCUCUAAAGUAGAUGGUAACUAACUAAACAACAUUAUACCUAAUGUGGAGGUGCCUGGAGUGUCCCUUUAAGGGUAGAGUUAAAGGGACACUAUAGGCACCCAGACCACUUCAGCUCAUUGUCCCCUGAUUAUUAUUACUGGUAUUAAAUGGCGCCAGCAUAUUCUGUUGCGCUUUACAAUAUUAUCAAAGGGGGAGAUUUAACAAUAAAUGAGACAAUUACAAGAAAACUUACAGGAACGAUAGGUUGAAGAGGACCCUGCUCAAACGUGUCUAUAGGAAGUGGGGUGUAAAACACAAUAGGACAGGGAAUAGCAAUCAAAUAAGGUGGGAGUGAAGCAGAAAUGGAGGAAUGAGUAAAGUGCUGCCCUUUAGGAGAGAGCAAGGGACAGGUAUGUGAGGUAGAGGUUACUCUGGGAGGCCAUAAGCUUUCCUAGAGAGAUGGGUUUUAAGGCAAUUCUUAAAUGAUUAAAGACUAGGAGAGAGUCUGAUGGGAGUAGGCAGGCUAUUCCAAAGGAAAGGAGCCGCCUGCGAGAAGUCAUGAAAGCGUGAGUUGGCCAUACGGGUGCGAGCAGUGGACAAAGGAAGGUCAUGGGCAGAGCGGAGAGACUGAGAAGGGGUAUACCUAUGGAUCAGUGAAGAGAUAUGGGAGGGGCUGCAAUGUUAAUUAUUGCAGUUUCUGAGAAUUCACAAUAAUUACCUUGCAGGGUCAAGACUGCCUCUAGUUGCUGUCAAUUACACAGUUACUGGAGGCCUUUCCUUGUGGUUAGGCGACUUUUGAUCUCCAACUGAAGCUAGGCGUCAUUACGCUGGACAUCCUUAUGUUCUGCGUGAGGACAUCCAGCAUCCGUCAAAUCCUCAAAGCAAAGCAUUGCAGCAAAGCAUUCCUAUGGGGAGGGCCUAAUGCGCUCGCUGCAUUUGUCGCAGAUGCACACUAGCGCCCCAUCAGUUGUCAGAGGGGGCGGAGUGCCGACCCAAUGCCGAGGGACAUCGGCGCUGUAAUCAAAUAAGUACAAUAAGGGUACUAGUGUAUUCCUAGCAUUAUAGUAUCCCUUUAUCUCAUGCACAGCAUGGCCACCCUUACCAUUUGCAGGACCUAGAACAGUAGUAGGAAGCAUUCGUCACUCCAGAUUUUGUGGACUACAUACUACCAGAAUAACAGCAGGCAAAUAUUAUUUGGCCUACCUGAUAGUGGCAUUUAUGUAUGGCAAAGGAGCAGUUAAAGGAACACUCAAAAAAUUUUUUUCUUUUUUUAAAUAAAUCACUGUUUAGUAGAUAUUUUCCGAUAAAAACAUCAUGCAUUUAGUUCUAUCUAUAAUCAGUUUGCAAAUUAUGUAGAUCUUCUUCUGUCUGCAUCCUUUGUAAUCCCUCCCCUUCUUACCCAGCCCAGACGUUCUGUGCCGGGGAAAUGACCAAUCAGAGGCUUCUCAUUGAGUCUCUUCUGCGUGCUUGCAUGUAUGCUUCCCAGCGCACGUGUGGCGAGUAGGUGGGGUGCAAGUACUACACGGGAGCCAGGACAGAAGAGGUGGAUGCUAGGGAGCCUUUUGGACACAUGCGCUCACUUAUGCUCAGCACUAACAACCGGGGAGAAGCGUCUUAAUUUGUGCACUUAUUUCUUAAAGAAAUAUGCACUUUUUAAAAAGUGCCAUUUAAAUAAGAUACUCCUUACCCAUAAAGCACUUUAGCAAGCUGAAAUUCCUCUAAAAAGUUGAGGGGCACUUCACAGAGGGAUCACCAGGAUUUUGGGGCCCGUUAAUAUAGGGCUCCCCUCCUAGUGUCCUGUACUGUCCUGAUGUCCAGUAAUAGCCGGUAAGCCAAAGAUGGAUGAUCUCUUGUAAGAAGAAGAAACCUUUGGCUUCACAUUGCAGCCAGCUCCCCAGGGUUCUGUUCCUUAGAUAUAACAUUGUUUCUCCAGUUGCCGAGCAAUAGUUUAUCUUGUGAUAUACACUAGCAGCUGUCUCAGCCCUCCUGCGUUAGGCUUUCUUUACGGAUUUUUGUUAACUAAACUGGAAACGGUGCAGUGUUUACAUACUGCAGAUUUGGGGGUCAAUGUAAUAUGGACUAGGAAGGCUUUUCUAGGUCUGCAAAUCCACUAACUGUUCUUUACAAUCCUCUGUUUACGGAAUAAUCCUACAAGAGUUCUGGCUUUGUUGCCUCCAAGACUAAGUAAGGUAUAGCUGCUUGGACUAAAGUGAGAAUUCAAAUUGAAUUAAAAAUUUAUGGUCAAAAUAAUAAUAAUAGUUCUGGUUGGGGGGAGGGGGGACUGUGUGUGUGUAUAUGGGGGAUGUUGUUGUGUGGGGGUGGGAGGGCAAAUUCAUUAAAAAACACUUUUCAUAUCCCCACCUUGCUGACUUUUGCCUGGGAGGGGGGACAUUUCCUGACAUCCUUGGUGGUCCAGUGGGAAGCCCUGGUGGUGGAGAGGGAGGCACAGUUCCCGGUGCUAUGAAAUAUCUUGCGGCUCCCCUGUGUGCACGUUGCGGUGCUCUGGCAUUCUGUUUGGGAACCUCUGCUCUAGACAAAGACUAAAUUUAGGGGUGUGAGUGGUUGCGUGGCCAGGGGCUGAUGGUCCAAGUGAAAUAUUAGGUGCCUUGCUAAUAACAUUUAACUCAGAAACUUAGAAAAAGAACAAUGUAUAUUUUUUUUUGCACAGACUGGUUUCUAAACACAUUUACUGUAGUUUAAAGACAGAUUACUGGAAGUAUUAUUGCUGUGUAGCUCUGUGAUACACCAACAAAUAUGGAGCUUUUAGAAACUAGGGACAUUAGGAGAGAAAAUAGGACAGAGGGAUUUUGACCCAUAAUAGGGACUGUCCCUCCUACAUAGAGACACUUGGAAGGUGUGAUGUGUCAUGUGGUGCUGGCAGUUUGGCUUUCUGGUUUGAUGUGAAGAUAAAAACUGCAGUAUUUGUAUGGUGUGGGGCAUAUUAACUGCUGUUGCGUCAUCUCUUGCAGCUGGCACAGAUGCAGUUGAUAGGAGUAGGGAUUUAUUAGCGUUUCUGAUACUGUUAUCUUGUGGGUUAUCUUGGUGUUGUUGACAUAGUGACCCGAUGUUCACUCUCCUCAUUUUCUUCUGGAAGGGGACUGUUUCUUAAAGGGAAACUAUAGUGCCAGAAAAACAGACUCAUUUUCCUGGCACAAUAGCUUCCCCCUUUGUCAAGGCCCAUGCCCGUGGUGCAAAAGGGGUUAAUACCUUCUCUGUAAUUUGCAUGGGUACAGCGCUGAUGUCCCUCGGUGCUGGCUCAGCUCCUCACCAACCGACAUCUGCUGGCGUGGUGAUGGUGAUGAUUUCCCCAUUCCUAUGGGGAUUCUGGUGACGCCGGAAGUACUCAAACAUAGCGUGAGGACGUCCAGCGUCGUUUAGGCAACCAAAAGUCACCUUAAUGCCCGGAAGUCCUUCUAGUGGCUGUCUGGUAGACAGCCACUAGAGGAGGAAUUAACCCUAGCAGAUAUUUAUUGCAGUUUAUAAAAACUGCAAUAAUUACCACUCUAGGGUUAAGGGUGAUGGGAGUUUGCACCCAGACCACUUCAAUGAGCUGGCUAAUUAGUUGUAGAAUUUUGUCUAAUGCAAAAGAAGUUACACAUUGGGCAUUCUAACAGUGCGUUUAAUACAUAUAUUAAUUGUGAUUUCUUUUCCUUUACCAGCCUCUGAUCAAAGAGCUCAAUGCCAUUUGUAUCCCAGAAACAAUAUAAAUAUUGACAUUUUUUUCUGAACUCACUCAACUCAAUUCGUUAACUUUUAAAAGGAUAUUAAAUUAAAUUGAUCAUCAUUUGAUAUUUUUUUUUCUUCCUGGAGUAUAAUUUUAAACCUGUUUCUUUAUAUAUCUAUGAAAGAGGAUGAAGGAUGAAGACCUCACCAUUGACAACGGUCACGUUGACCUCGUUCCAGAUCUCAUCCAUUCCUCUAUGGAUUCUAGUUGUUUGCCAGAUGACUCUCUCAUCUCCAAUGUUUGGCACGAAGACAGUAGCUCAAGCCAAGGAACUCCUGGAAUGAACAGUAGCACAUGGGGGGAUUUCGAAGGUUUUAGUGAAUUCACUCCACAAUCAGAGACCUUUUGUUACGCUGAAGAAGACUUAUCUGGAGAAUUACAAUGUAACGGAACUAGUCCAACUGCACAUUUCACAAAGACCUUCAAGGAUGAAAAUUUAUCUGGACCAUUUGAAUGUCACACUGGAUUGGAUAGACGUCUGUUAGAAGGGGUAGGUAUAUACGUAAAUGUAAUUUAAUUUAUUUACAUAUCGAAAUGUAAUUUAUUUUGGUGUUAGGUAACACUAAUGGUCAUGGAAAGAAAGGUACGAUUGUUGCCAUGUUUCCGGUAUUCCCUUGUUAUCUAUGCUUACAAAUUUUAUGCUAAAUUGGGGAAUAUGAUUUGAAGCAAAGUUGUUAUGGUGCCUGGCAUGACCAUAGAAAUGCAGGGAUUUUUAAGCUGUUAGAAAUUGUGGAGACAUAGCAAGGGUGGAUUGUUUAUUGUAGGGUGUAAUUUAACCCCUUAAGGACACAUGACAUGUGUGACAUGUCAUGAUUCCCUUUUAUUCCAGAAGUUUGGUCCUUAAGGGGUUAAGGCCAAACUAGUAGAGAUGGCAAAACUCUGUAGUCUGUUUCAUUAUAAAGUAGACAAAUAAAAAGCAGUAUUUUUGAGGCACUAAUUCAGUGUCAGUCCAUUUAGUAAUACAAACGGGGACAGGGAGGCUCAACACAGCGGGCCAAGAGACUCCUUUGUCAUGUUUUACAUGGUGAUCUGACUUUUCUUUUUGUAAGGACAAUCUCUGAUGCAAGAAAGAAUAAUGAUAAAUUCUGUUAUCCCCCUAGGGGGACAAAGUGUCUUGAUCUGAUUUGGAAACUCUGUUUUGCAUAACAAAGAGAGAGAGAGAAACUGGCUUAAAAAAAAAAAAGUAUGUGAAAACCUGUGGAACCAGAAAAAUCUGCAAGUAAAGAAAAGGAACCCUGAAUUAAACUAUGGUUAACAAAAGAUGAAACAGAGACAGGAUUAAAUUGGUGAAAAACAUGAAAUAAAUGUAAUGAUGAGAUUAAAUAUUAAUGACCUGAUUAGUCUGUUUUAUCACAAUGUAUUAAUCAUUGCUAUUAGUUAAUGUGCGCAUGUUGUAAAAACUAUUAAUGCAUUGCUAGAAUGUGACAUGGAUUUGUUGUCACUGUGUGAUGUGUGUAAAAUGUAGUGUCACGUGCAUACUUUCCUCUUGUGUCUGCAUGCCUGCUGGAUAAGUCACUGCUUUAGUCAUAGCGUGUUCAUCACGGAACGUUGCUGGUAAAUCAAGAAAGUGUGCUGGUGAAAUCUGCUUCCUGUACAUUACAAUAGGAAGUGUGUGUGUGUGUGUGUGUGUGUGUGUGUAUAAAACUUAAUUAACAGAGAUUUUACAAGGCUGUAAAAUAGUGCACCUAUAUCGUAAUGCCAAGUCUUAAAAUGUACUCAUCACUGCAAGACUGGAUAGUCCAUGACCCACUUAUUCAGUGGUGGAUUUCUAUUAAUUUUCACUGGCCAAUGGCUAGUGACUAGUGUUAGUUUAUAGCCCUGGUACUAAAACAAUGUUAAAUUGUCUGUGUUGCAGGUAUAAAGUCUCCAAUAUAUAAAGCUGUAAUUGUUUGAGAAUUGUUUGCUCCAACAUUGAUCCAUUUUUGCCUUGAUAAAUAUCUUUUUAACCCCUUCAGGACGGAGUCAAUAGUACACGUUCUGAUCAAAACAAAAUGUAAACAAAAACUGGAAUUUGCGCUAUAUGUCUGUUCAACCGUAAUUCACCGCUGUCACAUUAAGUGCACCCACACUUAUCAUAUAUAAUUUUGUUCAGGAGAAACAGGGCUUUCAUUACAUAACAAAUAUUUAUAUAUGAAACAUAAUUUAUUAUGAAUAAAAUCUUAAAAACUGAGAAAUUUUAGCUGUAAAUGUCAUAAUAUCAUUAGCUUUUACUGCAAAAAAAGCACAUAUUUGGAUUCGGCAAAGUCUCACGAGUACAACAGUAGCCCCCAUUAACAGUUUUUUUACGGUGUUUUGGAAAGUUACGGGUUCAAAUAUAGCACAUUCCAUUUUUCAGUUUUUUCACAUUGAAAUUUGCCAGGUUAGUAAUGUUACCUUUGAGACCGUGUGGUAGCCCAGGAAUGAGAUUUACCCCCAUGAUGGCAUACCAUUUGCAAAAGUAGACAACCCAAGGUAUUGCAAGUGGGGUAUGCCCAGUCUUUUGUAGUAGCCACUUAGUCACAAGUGUAUUUUGUUACCAAUAUAUUUAUAUUAAUAACAAAAUACAGUUAGAAUGAAAUAACAUAUGUAUAUAUAAUUUUAUUUUUUAUAUUUUAUUUUAUUUUAUUUAUUAUUGUAAUUAUACGUAUAUAUAAAUAUAAAGAUGUAUUUUUUAUAUAUAUAUAUAUAUAUAUAUAUAUAUAAAACGUCAUUCUAAGUGUAUUUUAAUAUAUAAUAUAUACUUAUAUUAACGUUAAAAUACACUACGUAUGAUGUGUGUGUGUGUGUGUGUGUGUAUAUAUAUAUAUAUAUAUAUAUAUAUACACAUAAUACUUUUUAAAUAAUUUUAAACAAGUCUCAUAAUUUUUUUUAUUUAUUUUUUUACAUGGCCAGCUAUAGGGGGCCAUGUAAUAGCUUUUUGAGAGCGAUCACAUGGCCCCCGGGGGAGGGCUGCCUGGGCUGUCAGGCAGUCCUCCCGAAGAGGAUCGUGGAGGAUGUAAGUAAAUCUCACCUCCUGGGGCUGCAAGCCGUUACGGCGUUCUAUGCCGCCGCAAUGGCUUUAAAGCCCAUUAUAAUGGGGACGUCAUAGAACGCCAUAACGGCGUUAAGGGGUUAAUUCUUGUGAAAACUAGCUGUAGAGCUCCAGUCCUGACAUGUAGUUGCAAUGAUAUUGCUGGUAGUCCACAAAGAAUGGAUAACCUUGGUGGCCUAGAUGUUGGUGGAGCAUUAUGUCAGCCCUCUCUUACUUACGUUGUCGGUCUGCUGACACAGGAUCUGGCGGACCGCCACUCCCACGCAGAAUGAUGCUCCACCCAGCCCCAGGGACCCUCUGCCACGUGUGCCCGUCCCUUUUUAUGUCAGGAGAGCUCUAUGCACACACGUACGUUUCUGCUAACCACGCCAACAACCAUAUAAAAGCCCAGUCUGUCCAAAGCACAGUGCCCUGUUGAGGUGCCUUGUGUCACUAGUGUCCCUAUAGCGCAUUCCUGUGUCCUUUGUGAUAGUUCUUUGGUUUUGACCCGGCUUGCUCUCGAAUAUUGUUUUCUCGGUUAUUGUGUAUUUCUGGUUCCUUGACCUUGGCUUGUCUUGACAUUCCUUUAAUUUAUUCUUUAUUCUGGCCAUUCUAAGGACCAGUUUAGGGACAUUCUUUCUGUCUAUACUUUCUCCUGGUGGAAAAGCAAGUCUUAUGGAUUGACUUGUGUGCAGAUCUGUGUUUAACAAUGUAUUGACUAUCCACUGACUUCAGGUGGAAGUGGUUUUCAAUCACUAUUUUUCCCCACCAUAAUUUUCUUGGUUUGUUCUCCGCAAGUAACGUCAAAUUCAACAGCCAGCCGGUAACCAACCUCAUGAUGUUUAGUUGCAUUAACAAUGACAUUGCUGUUCAUGAGUGGUUCAGUGGCUUUUCAUCUCUUCCUGGGUUGUGUUUCACAGCUGUUGUAUACAGCAAAUAUAAACUCCAAGGAAUCCAUGUUUAAAUUGGAAUAAUGAGGCAAAAAUGUGAUUCUUUGUUGAACUAAUUAGCAUUUGCUCACCCAGAAUCCCUAAUCAGCAAAUGCCCACCCAGAAUCCCUCAAUUCGUUGUUUAACUAAUUAGCAUAUACCCACCAGCAUAACUGCAAAGUAGAGUUUUUUUGUGGGAAUAUCAAGUCUUAUGGCUUGACUGGUGUGUGCAGCUCUGUGUUUAAUAAUCUAUUGAGAAUAUAUAUAUAUAUCUAUAUAUAUAUAUAUAUAUAUAUAUAUAUAUAUAUAUAUAAUACUUUGUUUGUUUUUUCUGUCAUAGCAUGUUAUAUGCUUUCCUUAUUUUCAAAACAUUGUAUUUUUUUAUUUUUGCAGGAUACAAAAGAUUUUGAAAACAUUUUCAGGGACAGCUUCCCUGAGUUGCCAGUGGACCAAACUAACGACGAUGUUGAAAGUUUAGACCAACUUCUGUUUUCACUGAAGGAAACAUGUGUUGACAAAAAAGUAAUCCAGAGUCCGCUACGGUAACUAUAUAUUAUACUCUAUACCAUUACUGUUGCUACAAUUAUUCAAUAAUUAAAAUAAGGCUGAUUUUUCCAGCUACAGUAACUGGCAAAAGUUAAUAUCACAGUGAUGGUGCAUGAUGAGCAUCUGAAAAAGGUCUUGGGGUAAAUGGACAUCUAAAAAUAUAAAAAUUUAUUAAAGCGACCCUAUAGUCUCCAAAACAACUUUAGCUUAAUGAAGCAGUUUUGGUGUAUAGAACAUGCCCCUGCAGCCUCGCUGCUCAAUCCUCUGCCAUUUAGGAGUUAAAUCCCUUUGUUUAUGAACCAUAGUCACACCUCCCUGCAUGUGACUUGCACAGCCUUCCAUAAACACUUCCUGUAAAGCAGGGGUUCUCAACCCAGUCCUCAAGGACCCCCUACCAGUCCAGGAUUUAGGGAUUACCCUGUUGUGUCUAAAGUGUUUGUCCUCCCCACCCCUAAAAGCACAUUAGACAGAGCAGGGUAAUCCCUAAAUCCUGGAUAGUUCGGGGGCCCUUGAGGACUGGGAUGAGAACACCUGCUGUAAAUAACCAUCCUUUAUUGCAAAUUCAGUUUAAUUUAGAAUUCAUCACCUGCCCUGUUAAUAACAUGCUAGACCGUGCAGGUGCCUCUUGUUUGUGCUUAAACUUCAAUUUGCAGAGCAGUAGAUAAAAAAAAACGUCUAAAGUAAGUUACCAUCUGUUUGAAAAUUAAAUAAUUUUAUUUUUCUAGUGGAUACUGUGUGAGUCACAGCCAGGGGAGGUGUGGCUUGGGCUGCAUAAUAUGGAAGCAAAAGUAAUUUGAUUUUAAAGGGACACUAUAGUGCUAGGAAUGCAAAUCUGUAUUCCUAGCACUAUAGCUCCUUUCCCCCCUCCUACUGCUCCAUGCAAUGAAAGGGUUAAUAAACUCUUAAUGUACUAGCCCGAUUCCAGCACCGAUGUUCCUGGGCACCCCGCCCCCUUCAACAGCACCUGCAAGGUGGACGCUAGUGCGCAUAGGCUGCAAAUGCUGCAAGUGCGUUACGCCCUCCCCCAUAGGAAAGCAUGGCUGCAAUGCUUUCCUAUGGGAAAUUGACUGAAGCUGGAUAUCCUCAUGUAGAGUGUGAGGACGUCCAGCGUCUGUCAACCAAAAGACACCUAACCACCAGGAAGUACCUUCCGUGGCUUUAUGACUUACAGCCACUAGAGCCAGUCUUAACCCUGCAAGGUAAUUAUUGCAGUUUCUCAGAAACUGCAAUAAUUACGAUUGCAGGGCUAAGGGGACAGGGUCACUGCAGCCAGACCACUUCAAAUUACCUGGUUGCCUAGUAGAGAAUUGAGCAAUGAGACUUCAGAGGCAUAAUCUACACACUAAAACUGCUUCAUUAAGCGAACAUUGUUUUGGUAAUUACUGUAUAGUGUCACUUUAAUGCUGUUCGUGUACAGCUUUUAGCCAAUUCACAGAGAAAAGCUCACUACUCUGCAACCAUUUUAUAAAAACUUCCGUACAUGUCCCAUUGUACAGCGCUACGGAAUUUUUUGGCGCUAUAUAAAUAAUAAAAUAAUAAUAAUAAUAAUAAUAAUAAUAAUGUCUUUUCUUGUAAGACUCAAAAAAGUUUGCUAAAAAAUUCUAACAUAUAGUAUAAAUUGCAUUUUACUGUAAAGUAGUCUUUGCAAAUAUUGUGAGGAAAAAAAAUGCAUGACCAAGUUUAAUUAUACUUAAAGAUUUGAUUAGAUUCCCCUCAAAUGUCUCAAAAAACACUUUUUAUUGGUUAAAAAUAUCUUUGUAUUCCAUUCAUAGUCGUAACGGUUCAUUGAUGUUGACUUGCAUGGUACGUCUUGAAACCACUUGCAAAUAAUUGUAUACAGUCAUGACUUGUGUCUGUAAAAAAACUAAAAUGUCUGAUUUAAAGGAGAACUGUCCCUUACUAUUAUUUUUAACAUUUUGUUUAAAUAUUGAAAAAUAAUAGAUAUAAUUAAAUAUGUGGACUAUAAAAUAAAAUGUAGACAUCCACUCCUUUUUUUUCCAGGAUGCCUUGGCUCCCUGUCAAUCAUUGCUACAAGUUCUGUCCUUUGCAAUUGACCGUUAGAGUUAAAUCAUACAGAGAAAAUGAGAAAUGAAACAAUGUUUCUAUUUCCCUUUCUGAUUUGCAUUGUAUGCCCUGGCCGUGCCUUGACUGAACUGGAUUAUGACGUAAUUGUCUAAAUGUUUAAGAUAAAUUUAAAAGUAAAGGAUCACAGGAACACUGGUUAAAACAAAUUUAUAGGUUGUUUUUAAAGGACAAACUCUGUUUCCUGGCACUAUAGGGUCGUUAGGUCCACCCACCUUUAGGGCCCCCUCCUGCUGGGGUGAAACUGCUAUGUUUACAUCUGAAGGGUUAAAACCUGGGGAACCUGGCACCCAGACCACUUCAUUGAGCUGAAGUGGUCUGGGUGCCUAGAGUGGUCCUUUAAUGUUUUAGUCAAGUUGAUCAUUUACAAAUACAAUUUCAUGUUUUGUGUUUUAGGCCUCCAUGGUUCAACUGGGAAAGAGUUGGUGAAAUGUUGGCUCCCACUCCAGGCUGCAAAUGGAUGACCUCGGAGGCUUGCAGUAACCUCCUAGAUGUACUUGGAAUUGAUGUCUCUAAGAAGGUAAUUAGUAUUUCUGUAUUUAUUUCUUACCUUGUAAUAUGAAACUUGUGUUUACAUUAAUUAAAUGUAAUUUUUUAAAAUAAGGCAAAGAGGGCAAUUUGGUAAAGUGUGAGUAAUUUUUAAACCGUUGCCAUUUUUGGCCUUCAUUUGCAAUAUGCUAGCCUAUUCACCAAUGGUGACUGUUAUAAAUCACUUAUCCAUAUGUAAUGGGAGUCAGUUAAUGUAACUGCUUUUAAAAUGAAAAGUAACAAUGAAAAUAUUAACUUUUUUUUUUUUGUAAACUUGAGAUGGUUAAUGUUCGUUUUAUACUAUUGUAAUUCUAUCAUAGAACAAGAGGGUGUCAAAAUAAUUUUAAUAAGUCUUUUGUUCCUUUAUGUAGAAAACUUGGCAUUAGAAUUUAUUAGUUGUGGUGUUGUUUAUUUUUAAUCUAUUUAUGUAAAGGAUGGCCUACAACAGGGGUAGGCAACCCACGGCACUAGUGCCAUGCACGGCACUCAAGGUGCUUUUGCACGGCACUCAAGGCUGCUACAGCCAAAUAGGCUCUGGCCUAUCAGGAGUCCCAGUAAAACUUCAGAUAUCUGCUAAUACGUAAAGGUGGUGAAGGACAAUCCUCAAUUUAUGCAUUGCAGCACAUAGAGGAAGUGAUCUCAGAUCUGUAGUAGAGCAGCCUGCAGCUCCUGUCCUUGACCUGUACUAGGCCAGCCUGGUCCCCACUGGAACCCAUGAAAGUCACCCACACUGCUAGAUAUACACAGAAAUGCACAAUAACCCUCCCCUCAUACAAAUAAUACGAACAGCCCACAAAUGUAGCCCGCUAACAAUCCACAUACAUGCACACAACCCCACUAGCAGCCCCUCACAUGCAAUACCCCAAACAGCCUCCACACACUACCAAACACACAAUGUGACAUAUCCAUCCACACACAAUUCCACAAGCAGCCCCCAUACACAGCCCACAUUCAUAUGUAUCAUACACGAUACCAUAAACUACUUGGGAACAUAUACAAUCUAAUAGCUCAUAUACGCACAAAUACAACAAUACAAAUCAAUUACAGUAUAAAUAACACAAGCAGAAUACGGCAGCAUACACACCUCAAUUUAAAAAAAAAAUAGGACCGGCACGCUACGGGACAUCUCAAUCCUAUAUCGGCACAGUGCUGCUAAAAGGUUGCCUACCCCUGGCCUACAAUAUUGGACCGUAAUAUACACCAUAUGUAUUACAUAUUAGUGAAUGAGAUUGUAGAUAUACUUUUAAGAUAUAGUGACUUUUUAUUAAACAAAUUUUUAAUUUUGCAUUUAGCCUUCGGAAACUAAAGACCAAAUCACGGAUGAUCUUAUUGGUCAUAAAACUAUUAAUGGUGGAACCAUGCACACAGUGAGCAAUAAGGCUCUUAUUAAGACCAAGGUAUGUUAAAUCUUUUUUUGUUUGGGGUUUAUAUUCCAAAACAUAAGAAACUGUCUGACCUUUCUUGUUGGUUACAUGUAAUAUAUGGUAAACUGACCCAUGCACUCCACCCAUUCCAUUAAAUAUUCAGAUUUACCGUAUAUACUAGAGUAUAAGCCAACCCGAAUAUAAGCAGAGGCCCCUAAUUUUACCACAAAAAACUGGGAAAACUUAUUGACUCGAGUAUAAGCCUAGGGUGGGAAAUGCAGCAGCUACUGGUAAAUUUCUAAAUAAAAUUAGAUUCCAAUAAAAUUACAUUAAUUGAAUAUUUAUUUACAGUGUGUGUAUAGAAUGAAUGCAGAGUGUGUGUUUGUAUGUUGUGUGUGUGUGUGUGUAUAUAAUGAAUGCAGAGUGUGUUUGUUGUGUGUGUGUGUGUAUAUAAUGAAUGCAGAGUGUGUGUUUGGUGUGUGUGUGUGUGUGUGUGUAUAUAAUGAAUGCAGAGUGUGUGUUUGUAUGUUGUGUGUGUGUGUGUAUAUAAUGAAUGCAGAGUGUGUUUGUUGUGUGUGUGUGUGUGUGUGUGUAUAUAAUGAAUGCAGAGUGUGUGUUUGUUGUGUGUGUGUAUAUAAUGAAUGCAGAGUGUGUGUUUGUAUGUUGUGUGUGUGUGUGUGUAUAUAAUGAAUGCAGAGUGUGUUUGUUGUGUGUGUGUGUGUGUGUGUAUAUAAUGAAUGCAGAGUGUGUGUUUGUUGUGUGUGUGUGUGUAUAUAAUGAAUGCAGAGUGUGUGUUUGUGUUUGUGUGAAUGCAGUGUAUUUGUGCAGUGUGUAAACUGGGUGAGGGGAGGGCAUUUAAUUUUUUUAUUUUAAUAUUAUUAUUUUAAUAUUUGCAUUAUUUAAAAAAAAAAAAAAUGUUGUCCCCCCAAAAAAACAUUUAAAAAAAAAAAAUGCAAAUAUUAAAAUAAUAUAAUAAUAUUGAAUCCCUGGUGCUCCAGUUGAUGGGCUGUGCAGUGGGGGGGCUGGCGGUGAGCUUUAGCCGAGGUUUUCGGCACAUUUUUUGUGCUGAAAACCCCCCACUCGGCUUAUACUCGGGUCAAUGUCUGUAUUAUGGCAACUUACAUUGCCAUAAUACAGACCAGGACUGCCGGGCUCAUUACAAGCCUGGCGGUCCUGUUGGGGGCUGACAGCGAGCUGUUACUUACCUUCCUGCAGCUCCUGUAAGCUCCCUUCUCCUCUGUGCAGCUCCCCUGUCAGCUCCGUUCUGCUUACAGUGUAAGUCUCGCGACACCCGCUUACACUCUGCAAUGUAAGUUGCCAUAAUACAGACAUUGACUCGAGUAUAAGCCGAGUGGGGGUUUUUCAGCACAAAAAAUGUGCCGAAAAACUCGGCUUAUACUUGAGUAUAUACGGUAGUUUGUGGUCAGAUCUGUCCACUGUCCAAACAUGUAAAAGUCAUUCUAGCUACAUUGGCAGCUGUUCCUGUAACAAUAUUAUGUGUCACCUGUUGGUUAGGAAUUUGAAAUAUUGACCAUAGUGCACACACCUGUAUAACACAGAUUCCUGAAAAAAAAUUUAGCCACAGUAGCUAAAUAUAGGAAAAUAUUUAAAUAACAUUUGCAACUGACUUGCAAAUCUCCACAAAGCUUCAAAUUUAAAAGAAACACAGUAACGGGUCAUUCCGUAACUGAAUCGGUUAUAUCGAAAAUUGAUUUUAUUUACUGAAUCUUACAAUGUGAAAUCGUGACGAGAAUUAAAAUUUUUAAGUUAAAAAUCACAAAAACUGGAGGCAGGAGAUGUGGGGAGAGUACCAAUUUACCAAAUAAGCCUGAGUAUGUGUGUGGCAAAUUCCUCAAAUGGUUUUUUUCAGAUGGUUAUGCAACAAACUAGAAAUUUUUUGUGAAUGCAACAUUUUCUGUCAAAACAGACACGCGGGAAAAAAAUGUGUUUAUUUUUGUUUUCCUAAUUUUGGACUCAAUUUAAUAUAAUUGGAUAAGCUUUUCAGAUGCUUUUAAUAUUUUUGGAUAAACUUUUUAAAAAAAAUGGUUUUAAAACAUCAAAUAAAGAUUUCAAUAUAUGUAACAAAAUUUUAAUUAUUUUUCAUGAUAUUAAAUCAUUUUAAAAGUUUAUCCAAUGGUUUAUCUAUUAGUUUUUUUUUUCUGUUUUGUAUCUCCUGUAUUACUUUGACAUAUGCAAGCUGACUAAAUGAAGGAGUUUGACAUAAAAUCUAAAAUUCUUUUUUUCUUUUUUUUUUUUUUUUUUGUUACAGCUACAUGUGGCCCCAGAUUCUAAGGAUGGACACCUCUUCUCAUACCAUCUCUUUUUAAAGAAUUCGCCGACUGAUCUCAAUUUACCUUUUCUCACAUUUUAUGGAAAAAAAAGCUUUUUCAAUACAAACAUUUUAAGCCUUGAUUUCUAGAUUCUUGGCUUAACAUAGUUCUGGCUUUUUUUUUUUUUAAAUCUUUUUGGACUUAUUUAAACAUUUAGUUGUGUAUAUUAAAGUGCUUAAUUUAUUGCACUACACACUUUAACGUUACUGAACAAAAUGUUAGCUCUUCUAAAACACUACUAUUAAUAAGAUAACAAGAUCGUGAUUUUACAUAAAAUGAAAAUGGCCACCUUGAAGUAUGUGAAAUUAACAGAUUAAACACUCCAAUAGCCAGGUGAUAUUUAAAAUAAAUAAAUAAAAAGUUUUGUUUAAUAAGCAGGAGUGCUUAUUUGGCAAGAGGCUAUAGGCUAGUUGAUAACUUUUUUUUUUUUUUAAUUUUUUUUUUUUUUUUCCAUGUGGAUCGAAGUGCUUUUAUUUAGACUUUAGAAGUCGGCAUAACAUGCAUUUGAUGAAUUUUUAUUAAAGGGAUUUUUUUGGUGCUGACUAUGUCAGAGAUCCCUCAUUUUUAUCUGAACAAUGUUCUAGACAUUUUUCAAAUACUUAUCGGUAAACUCUUAUUGCUAAGAUUCUAAAUUAAGAAUUUAAAAAUAUACUCCCUGUGGCUGUAUCACAUAAUUUGUUUUGGUAUCUAGAAUUUAAUGUAUAGAUCAUGAUCCUGCAGUCUCACUGUUCAAUUCUCUGCAAUUUAGGAGUUAAAUCCCUGUUUCUGUCCAUGCAGCCCUAGCCACACCUGCCCAGGCUGUGACUCACACACCAUGCAUGAAACAAAAAAAAUGGUUUCCCUUUCAAUUAGAUGUAACUUACUUUAAACGUUCUUAUUGCCUGCUCUCUAAAGUAAACGUUAAUCAUACACAGGUGGCUGUGGGGUCUUGCAAUCUAUCAACAGUGCAGGGAAUAAUACAUUUUAAAUUUAAAUAGAGUUUGCAAAGAAGGAAGUAUAAACAUUAGCUGACUCUUUACAGGAAGUGUUUAGGAAGGCUGUGCAAGUCACAUGCAGAGAGGUGUGACUAGAGUGCAUAAACAAAGUGAUUUAACUCCUAAAUGGCAGAAUAUUGAGCAGUGACACUGCAGGGAAAUGAUUUAUACACCAAAACUGCUUCAAUAAGCUAAAGUUGUUUAGGUGACUAUAGUGUCCCUUUAAGCUAUGAUAUCGCAGGCAGUUGUCCAAGCACGAGCCAGAGAAUAGUUAUAAUCUACCUGCAGACCUAGUCAUCGAGGUAGUAGAGUCCCUUUUAAAGCUGAUCUGUUUCUUAUAGCAUUAUGACUUUUCUAGAAUGAUAGAUUUUAUUCACUUAGUCUUCGAUUAUAAAUUUAAAUCCAUUAGUCAAACUUGAAACAUUCUUCCAUUCAGCUGUGGUCAAUUUAAGGUUUAGUGAAUUUGUAUUUUUUUUAUAUAUAUAUAUAUUUUAGAAUUUCAUUGCAAUUCUAGAGAAGAAGAAAAAACAUACUCCUUUGAGUCUAUGCAUUUGAACAAAAGCACAACUUGAAACUGAAUUAAGCUCCAGUUGUUCCCCCCCUUUCAUCCCCCGAGGAUCUGCAGGCUUAUGGGAUUGUCCAUAGCCCCCCUUCUAUUUUCUUCCACAACUAGAAGUUUGCAAAUACUAGGAGAAAGCAGACAACCCCUAUUUACCAAUUCUUCCAGAAUUCUCAACCAACCCAACCUAUUUGGAACAAUAAUUAAAAAAAAAUUUAAAAAAAUGCGGACACCACCGGCAGUAACAGAUUAGUUUUAAAGACCUGGUUAACAAAUCAUGUAUAAUGUACAAAUAGAAUGCGCCAUUCUAACUUGUAGAGGGUUUAUGCAACUAAGUAAAGCUUUACCAAAUCUCUACACGCUUGAUCCCUCUGUAUAAACUACUUAAACAGAUCUGAAAUCUAUAAUGUCCACUGUGAGCAAAUGAGAUGUAUUUUGUUUAAUGAAAAAUAAUCGACAGUUCUGGAAAGUAUUGUAUUUUACUUUUUAUACAUAAAAUGUAAUUUAUAUAGCACUUUUUCACAAAAGUGCAACAAAUAAAUGAAUCACUGA